UUUGGUUUAUUCACUGACAGUGACAGAAAAAAAAAAUCAGUAUUUUACGAGAGGUUGAAGACGAAAAAGAAAUAUCAGGGUGUGUAUUUUUUGUUUUGUUUUUUAGGGUUUGCCAGUGUUCAUUUUCAUCUUCCUAAUGAUUAUUCAAAAGGAUGGUGGAAGGUGCGAGUUGUUGCUCUGGAACAGGUGGAGGAAAAGAAAAUCAAGUUGGAACGAUGGUUUGGUCACAAGAUGGAUGUGAUUGUGUAUUUACCAGCUUAUGUUCUGACGACAGAUGAAUACUUAGAAGGUGUAGUGGCAUCUAAUCAUACCAGCCUCGCGCCGGUUAUUGGAAAUGCCACUAUAAAAGCAGUAAUUAAAGCCCCUGAUGUGUAUAAUCUUCCACCAAUAUGGGACCCGUACCUACUAAAAACAGUUGUUGUCUUUAAAGGGGGCUAUAAGUUCCAGUUUAGACUAGAUGACAUGCGUCGUCUUGUAGCUCCUCAUCCUCUCGAAGGUUGUGAAGUAGAAGUCCAGGUUGAAGUUAGAGACCAUUUCUUAAACAUUGUGUUCCCUGCUUACUCUAGAGCAAAAAUUAUUAAAGCAGAAUUGAAUUUAAGAUUUUUAGGAGUUAGCCCACAAAUAUUCAAACCAGGAAUGCCUUUUAAAACAUAUCUAGCGAUUUCUUAUGAUGAUCUAACGCCUCUCUCUGGAGAUAAAUUGGCCGAGUCCCUGGUUCAGGUGCGUCCUAAUGCAGUUCUUGCUAAUGGUGGAAGAAUGGAUCUUGAACUCAUAGAGGAGUCGUUUGGGGAGAAAGGCUUAUUAUCCGUUGAAUUUGACACACCGAAGGAUGCUACAAGAAUAACUCUACACGCAAACUACAAAGACAGUGAUGAUGAAGUAACAUCAGAAUUAGUGCUGCUAGCCUAUCACUCUCCAAACCAAAGAUACAUGCACAUUACCACAAGUACAACGGAUGCAGCAGUUGGUCAAUAUGCCAUCUUUCAUGUGUGGGCGAACUUUCAUAUGAAUAGCUUUCAUUAUCUAGUGUUGUCCAAAGGGAUUCUUAUUCUGGACGGUGUAACAAAAGUACAUGGAAUGAUAAACAGCAUUACAACCUUCUCGGUUUCAAUCUCACCAGAAAUGGCUCCCUCAUGUCAUGUGAUAGUUUACCAUGUAGCCACCGAUGGACAAGUGAUUGUAGACAGCAUUACAUUACCAGUUGCUGCAAUUAAUCGUGCGGACUUCUCCAUGGUUAUCAACACUAAGCAAGAUCGGUCAGGAAAUUUGAUUGAAUUAAUACCAGUUUUGACUUUAGAGUCUAUCAUUGGGUUCUCAGCUUUUGACAGUGAUUGGACAGCUUCACAGGGGACAGCAGAGUUAACACCAACAAGGGCUGUGGAGGCCAUGUAUAAAUUUGAAGACUCGCAUCUACAAUUACAACGAGCGGUAUGGAGAGAUCGAGAGGGUGCUUCAGAAGAGAUCCAGUAUUAUGCUACUUCCAGUUAUGGUAGAGACCCUAACCAAACUUUUGCUCUUUCGGGUCUAGUUGUCUUCACCAACAUGAAUGUUUCAUCAAUACCGAACAAGUGCAAUAAAACGUUAGGGGUUCUUCCUUGUCGAAGUGGACAGUGUUUUCCUGUUGAGAAGAUGUGUGAUGGAGUUAGUGAUUGCGAUGAUGGAACAGAUGAAGGAGAUUGUUUCCAGUCGGAGGAGGAAGAUGAAGACUUUCACUUACUUCGUACGAGCAGGAACAGUUUCUUUUACGAUGCUACUGGAGGAGAUUUUGCCUGGCAAGAUACUAUUACAGGAAAUGCAGAUGAUGCUUAUGUUGCUUGUGAUGUACCAAAGGGACCUGGAGUCUGGAGAAUUAAUGCUGUAGGAGUCAGUAAAGAAUACGGAUUGGCCAUUCUAAACGAUUUUCUUUAUUACGAUGCCACUAAGCCUUUCUUCAUUACGGUGGAGGCCCCGACUACCGCUGUUCUUGGAGAGCAGAUAGGAAUGAGGGUUGUGGUGUUUAAUUAUGCAGAGUUUGAGAUCAAGGCUGAAGUCAUUUUAGAAGGUUCUGAUGACUAUCGAUUUGUCCAAGUCGAGCCUCUGGGUGUUGUUUCAUCAUACGAACCACGAGUUACUGCAGGAGAACACCAACAUUUACUGUAUAUCAGGCCAUACCUGUAUGAGGUUGUUUACAUACCUGUAGUCGCUACAAGGACGGGAGAUAUUGAGGUUGUAAUUACAGGAAGAACUCAGGUUGCCAGGGACAGAGUGGCUACCUCUAUCACUAUUUUAGCAGAUGGAGUUCCCGUAUAUCGUCAUACAUCACUACUUCUGGAACUUAGAAACCAAGCCUAUAACAUCAAGUUUCUAGAUGUUAAUAUCACAGAAGAUCCAAUUAUUCCUUUUGAACAGAUGUAUCGACGCUACACCUUUGGAUCACCAAAAGCCAAAGUGUCCAUAAUUGGUGAUAUUGUAGGAGCACCUGCACCUGGAGAUAACUUUAUUGAAACUUCCGAUCUGGAUGUUGCUCUACCUGUGAAAUCGGGAGAACAUGUCAUGUUUGAUUUUGCUUACAAUCUUUAUACACUCAUUUACUUGAGGUUGACAAAUCAACUGAAAGGAGAUACCUUGAGAAAUACCCUGAGGUUUCUAAACAGAGCUUAUGUCUACCAGAUGGUGUUUUGGAAGGAUGGAGCUUUCAGUAUGUUCAAGAAAGAACCAAGUGUCUGGUUGACAGCUUACUGUGCUAGGAUAUACAGCCUGGCUCAGUAUCCUGAUUGGGAGAAUUACCUCUUCAUAGACCCUGAAAUUAUAUCGAACUCCAUAAAGUUUGUGCUCCGACACCAGACAAAGGAUGGAUCUUUCUACGAGACGGUUAAACACCCCUGGAACAGAAAAAUGGCACCAAAGCAAUAUCUUGAAGAUGGACGUGGAAAAAAUGUGACAUUAACAGCCCAUGUGACAAUUACUCUUGCUGAAGUAUUGGCCUUGCCUGGGGAACUGCGAACAGAGACGGCAAAUGCACGAGCCAGAGCAGUGAUGUACUUAGAACGUCAGCUGCCCCAACUUACCAGUCCAUAUGAUGUUGCUAUCGUCACCUAUGCUCUGAUGGUAGCAGGAAGCGUUGAGGCAGAAGUGGGCUUUAAUAUGUUAGACAAGAUGAAGCGAGAGAUGGAGGGACUGGUGUAUUGGAGCCCUGAACCCAUUCCUCCUCCAGAAAUAGUCUAUCAAAAUCAACGGCCUUUUAUUAUGCCACGUUUUCCAAACAAAUGGGAUGCGGUGGCAGUAGAAGCCACAGCUUAUGCUCUGAUGGUGUAUAUCCGUCACGGUGGCAUCAUACAAGAUCAAAUAGUGAGGUGGUUGAACAGCAUGCGCCUUCAUGAUGCUGCUUUCAUUUCUACUCAGGAUACUGUUGUUGCGAUGCAAGCCUUAAUUGAAUCAUCUUUUAGAACUCACGUGAGAGACAUUACUAAAAUGAAUUUGAAAGUUGAGUCUUCGUCCAAUCCAGGAGAAGUUGCUGAGCUUGAAGUUGAUGAAAAUAACUUGGCUACGUUCAAGUCAGUAUCGGUUGCACCUAAUGUGUGGGGUCACGUGGAAGUUCAGGCUAAAGGAUCGGGACUUGCAGUCCUCCAACUGGAUGUUCAAUACAAUGUAGAUCGAGACUUUCUACUUCUCCAGCCUCCCGUACAUUCCUUCGACUUAUCAGUAACUGCUCAGUACCACGGUCGGAACAAAUCCCAUCUUAACAUCGAGAGCUGUGCAAGAUGGAAACUGCUAUCCGAGAGUCCUACCAGUGGUAUGGCUGUAAUAGAAAUUACCCUUCCUACGGGAUACAUGAUGUACAAACCUAUUAUGGAUUCUUAUGUUAGAAAAGAGGUAGUACCUCGACUGAGGCGAGGAAGAGUACUACCACGAUCGGCGGUUUUUAUGUUUGACUAUCUGGACUCCGAGUGGUUAUGUGUGAAUUUCACUACUGAAAGAUGGUACCCUGUGGCCAACUUAACCCGUUAUUUGAAGGCUCGAGUAUAUGAUUACUACACUCCUGAGCGAUUCAAGGAAAUGAUCUAUGAAGCGUACGACCUCUACGUACUUAACAUCUGUGAAGUAUGUGGGUCCUACCAGUGCCCGUAUUGUCCAUUUUUCAGCGGUGUUGCCAAAGUCUCCUCACACUUCCUAUCCUUGUUACUUGGGCUCAUUUUGUGGAGGAUGACAACAUAAUGAUUACUUGGGCCACUUAUAAUGUUGUGACGUCUCUCAGGUGAAUGGGUUUACGUAUGUCUAAACAUACUGUCUGUGUCAGGUGGAAAACCUUGAGAAAUUGUUAAAACCAGUUUAACGGUUUGGUGAAAUCUGUUAAAAUGUACAGCAAAUUUUAAGCCCCGCCAUGUUUUAUCAUCAUGAGUGAUGAACUAAUGGAAAUUCAAAAAAUGUAAAGAAAUGUUUAGUGUUUUCCAUUUUAUACAGAAUCACUUUUUAUAGUUAUUUGUAGUUUAUUUUUAGAAGCGAUUAUUCAGAUGAUGAUAUAUGCUAUGUAUUUUAAGGUUAAAUAGUAACACUUUAAAAACGUGAUGCAAAAGAACUUAAUUGUUACUAAAAUAAAAUCUUUUAGCUCGUAAUGUUAUGAAAUAAGGGACUUGGUAUUUAAUUUCAGUCAGCUUGGAUAAUACUUACACGUUUUCAAAGAUUUCGAGCUGCUGAUAACACAUACUGAAUUUGCUUUUUAACUAAAUAGCAUUUUUCAUUCAAUACUUUAUGUUGCAAACAAAACUCUAAGACUCUUUCGACCUAUCACAAACAGUUACUAUAUAUAUUAGUAAAGGUUAACUUACCACCAGUCUUUUCAUAUUAAAGUUUUCAAAUCUUUAUUUCAUUGUAGUCCUAAGCCCCACCCUUACCAUAUUUUAUACAGCCCCAUUAUCAGUUGGGCAAUCGAUAUUUUGAUAGCCGUGGAGAGCAUAACUCAUCCAGAUAAGAUCACGAACUUCCAAUUCUAUUACAUUAAGUUUUUUAUUAAAAUCCACAUCAACACAAUAAGGAUCUUAAUAUAGUGUUACACAGAGUAUUUGCUGUUCUUCUCCAAACCAAUAUAUGUGAAGUUAUUCAAUCUAUUGGCUAAUGGUAAUGUAGCACAACCAAAAUUUUAAAACUGCAAAAAAUUCAGAAUUUCUGAUCGUAACUCUUACAAACAAAAGGUAUUUUUUGAAAAGCUCUGAAGUGUAACCUAAUUUUACUAGAGAUAGUACAACAAACGUUUAAACAGAAAAAAAAAGGGGGGAACUGGUCAUUAAAUCACUAGAUAAUUCUUGUAAAUGCAUUUAGGUUUGGGGGUUGUACAUGUUUUGCAAAGUUAAGAAACUAACAUCCACUGACAACACCACACCCUCACAUUCAGCGAGAUAUCAGUUACUACGGCUUUAAAAUACACUAAUGUGUUAGUUUCUAGUUGCCAAAUUUAAAACUUCAUUUUGUUAUGCGGGACUUUUCUAGAUUUAAAAUAUUUAAGAGGAGAAAACUGUAUUAAAAACAUCAAAGUUGUUUUGUCCAUCAUUAAUUUUUAACUUUGAAUAACAUUUCAUGGCCAGCAAUGUUUGUUUGACAUUAUGAAACUAAACCGAUCUCUUGUAAUAAUUCUAACAGAGAAAUACCCAACCAAGAGACUUAAAGCAGCUGACCUACUUCUGCCAAACAAAGUAUAUCCAUUUCUGGUACUAAUUCUAUUAAAAUAAAGGUUUGUUUUUUGUAGCACAUAGGUUUUGUGCUUUUUAUUUAUUAUUUUUCCAAAACAUGCAAUAGGAUAAAAAUAACUUUCAGUAAAAACUGGCAUAGCACAUAAAAGUGACCUAUGAUUAAUAGCAAAAUAAACUGCUCAAUAUCCCAAAAAAAAGGACAAGAAACAGAUUUAACACACUUCUCUCUGACUUUAGACUAAGAGUUUCAGUGUUAAACAUGUAAUGACUAUGAGAGUUGAAGCGACAAAGGAGAAAAAAAACAAAAAAAUCAGUCCCUUCUUAAUAAGUAACUAAAAAAAAACUUCAUGCCGACUUUAUUCUCUUUCGCUAUUACCUGGUUUCUAAAUCAGUCAAAUUUUAGCUACGUAUGUAUUAAAUUUAUUCGUAAAAGUUCUCCAAAGAAAGUGAUCCCUACCUAGACUUCAAUUUGUAGUUAACAACAAA